AGGAAGAGAAGGAGCCUCCUCCAUCCUCCAUCAUCCACCUCCUUCCUCCCCUUACAAAUACUGCAGCCACUGUGUCCUCUGCUUAACACAGUGCAUCAUUCUCGCUCCAGGAGACAGAGAAAGAGAGAGAGAGAGAGAGAGAGAGAGAGACAGAAGAAAGGUGAUCAAAGGCCCAGGAGACGUCGCGAGCAGUAGCAUGGGUAUUGAGGUUGUACUCCAAUCUUCCAAAGAGGAGCUGGAGCUGGAUUCUUCCCUUAUCCCUCCAUCUAGCGAUAACAUGGAAACGCCGGAUGAUAAGGGUGACCAUAUAACGGAACUUUCGGGCACCGUCAACACUGAAAGUUCUGUUGGUGCACGAUCCAAGAAUGGCGUCUCGGAACCAUUAGAAGCUGGUGAUGGAAAUGGAGACACUGAGCAUGACGGUUCCUCCGCCACUGGCCACGCUGAACAGACCGACGACGAGCCUGCUGCAGAUGAAGCCUCUCCCGUCAACGUCGAGAAAGGAGAUGUGGCGCAACAUGGUGUUGAAAGUAGAGCUUAUGAACAAGAGAAUCAAGAAAAGUUUCCAGCGACAGAAACAGCGGGGAGUGAUAGCACCUCGGUCACAUCUAUGGAAGAUGUUGUGCACCCCAAAGAAGGUGCUCAGUCAGAGCCAGGAGAUGAUAGUGGGUACCAUCCUGAUCUACCCAACGACAAGCACUCCACUGGAAAUGGAAAUGUCUAUGAGAACGCAAAGUGCGUAUUGACGAGCUCGACGAAGAAGAUGAAGAGAAGCGCGUCUGCGACUACAAGGAAGCCACUGCAAGCUACAAACAGAAACAGUCCGGAUGACUGGAAUGCUUCUACUCUCACCAACUCCAAAUCAUCAAACGGAAAGACUAUUACUGUCCCAUCAAGCCCGGUCUUCAGAUGCACCGAACGUGCCGAGAAGCGCAGAGAGUAUUAUUCAAAGUUGGAGGAGAAACAUCAAGCUAUGGAGGAGCAGAGGAUUCAGUUGGAAGCUAGGUUGAAGAGAGAACAGGAGGAGGCUCUCAGGCUACUCAGGAAAAGCCUGACAUUCAAAGCCACACCCAUCCCAAGCUUCUACCAUGAGGCACCUUCCCCCAAGGCUGAAUACAAGAAGCUGCCCACAACCCGUCCCAAGUCACCGAAGCUGGGGAGGAAGAAGGCCGCCAUGAACACCUCACACUCAUCGGAAGAGAGCGAGAGCACGAGGCCCUGCUGCCGCGCAAGCCGCGAUAGACACGACAGCCAGUGCAAAUGCCACAACAGUAGCAGCAAGCCACGGCAGCAUCCACAGCAACAUCCUGCAGCAAGCUCGUCCAAGAAGCAGGCCAAGAACCAUGCCCACAAGCUAUCGGCGCUCAACAUCGCUGUGUGCUAGUUGCAGCAUCUGCUUCUUCUUCUUCCUCCGGCAGUACUUGCUUCACUGCUAGAUCCUUUUGGCUUCAUGGAUCAUGGUGAAACCUGAGUACAGGAGGAGGAGGAGAAGGCUUUUUCUCCUUAAAUUAUGAGAGUGACUUCGGUUUCAAUCGAGGUUUACGGUGGUUAAGUUAUGUCAUGAAAAUAAGUUAUGCGCACGGGGUGCCAUGGGUGAGGUCAGUCACAAGGGUUUUUGUGUGCUAAUUAUUUCAUCUCACUUUGCAUAUUUAUCACAGAUGUGAGAGUGGCAUGUGCUGUCUCUGUACAAAAUGAUGUUUGUUCCUCAGUUUGUGGGGUUUCUUGAUGUAAGUUAUAUUGCGCACUCAUGCAAACAGAGGGCUUGUUUGCUUGCUGGUGGUUGAUGAAUGAAAUUAAGCUAUUUAUUUA